AUGUUACGUCGUCAACACAAGAAGAGCCGUAAAGGAUGCACUGAGUGUAAACGGCGACAUAUGCGGUGUGAUGAACAACGGCCCACAUGCUUCAACUGCAUCAAGGCCGACCGUCUCUGCUCUUUUGCCGACGAGCCAUACAUAGGGGGCGAUGAUAAGUCCCCUGGAUCGGAUCAUCAUUCUGCUGGGGCAUCGCCAGAUAUCCAGCAAAACGGAGACCCCGACGCUGUCAACAUGCUUCACAUGGAACUGCUCCUCCAUUUCAGCUUUGACGUCUACGUCCCCGAAUUUGAUGCCAGCCUUGGGAGACCUGCGACCGAGCUGGUUUUGAAGAUCGCCCAGGAGGCCCUUUCUUGA